AUGAGAAUACUUGUUCUUCCAGGGUCUAAUGCCGAAGUAGAGCGAUUGUUCAGUCAAAUGAAUGUGGUAAAAAGCAAAUUAAGAAACCAAAUGAGGCCAAAACUUUUGGAUGCUAUUUUAAGUACAAGAGCAGGUUUAAAAAGAAACUCAGUUUGCUGCUCAGAAUACAAUUUACCGAAAUCAGUCUUAAAACAUAUUGGUUCGACUGCAAUAUACUCUUCCCAAGCUGAAUUAUGUAAAUUAGUUAUUAAUGAUAAUAACACUGAACAUCCUGAAUCUGAAAACGAUACUGAAGAUAUAAUUCUGUUUUAG